AUGGUCAUGAUCACAUCGUCGCAGGCCUCGGUGGCCAUCUCAUCCAUCAUCGUCGUCGCAUGCACAACGGCCCUCUUCCUGAGCGGCUACGCCAUCCAGCAGCGGACGCUGCGCGACCUCCGCGCUGCCAUCAAGCCGGCCCCGCGGCCGUCGCCGCACAUCUUCUACCAGGAGAGCUCCGACUGGCGCGCCGCCCUGGCCGGGGGGGAGGACCCCGAGAAGGCGGUGGCGGCGGCGGCGGACGAGCAGCCCGUCGUCAUCCAGAUCGAGCAGACACAGCAGCAGCAGCAGCAGCAGGAGGAGGAGGAGGAGGAGGAGGAGGGGGAUGGCACCGACGAGGAGAAGACGGCAGACACCGCCGACGGCCAGGAGGAGGCCGACGCCGCCAUGCUGCUCGAGGCCGACGGCAAGGCGCAGAAGCCGCUGAGCAGGGUUGAGCGCCGCAGGCGGAUAAAGGAGGAGAUCAGGAAGCUCUCGCAGGGCGAGUCGCCCGUCUACUACCAGCGUCGGCUGUGGUGAGCCGGCAGGCGCUGGGGGUGGUGGCUGCUGGUGGCCAUCCACGGUCGAGAUGGCGAUAGGAGGUAAACGGGAAACGGGGAAAACCUUUGCGGACACAACACAACCGGGUUUGGCGUUAUGGCAACACUGAGGGACAAUAUACGGCACUCAUGACUUGGAUAUAUAUCUAUGUUCAUAUGGAUUUCGGUCAUCUAUUUUGGUCAUUCAUUACGAUUUUAUAGGAAGGACAGGCAUAUAUAGCCCGGCUGGCUGGAAGGGCACCAAGGCAACAAAAGGGCGCCGGAUGACUCAUUAGAAUACAAAUGCUCAUCUCUUUCUCUCUCUCUCUCUCUCUCUCUCUGUCUCUCU